UGAAACUGGUGAUAUUGGUGAAACUGGUGAUAUUGGUGAAAUUGGUGAUAUUGGUAAAACUAGUGAUAUUGGUGAAACUGGUAACAUUAGUAAAACUGGUGAUAUUGUUGAAAUUGGUGAUAUUAGUAAAAUUGGUGAUAUUGGUGAAACUGAUAAUAUUACAAAUAAGUGA